GUGAAUCAAAUUGACAGCGGCCUUGCUUUAUGAACGGCGCUGUACGCUAAUUUUUCCAUCAAGUUUUCGUCGAGCUUCCGCUGCCAUUGGGCUGACACUGAAAACACAAUUUCGCUUGCAACCUCGCAUAGAACGCAGAAAGUUAGCACCUUUGCUCUCCUCCUGCCCGCUGUCCUACUGAACUGCGGGGCGUUUAUUACAGUCCCCGUUCUGGUCCCCGUUAACGAUUGAUUGGUGAUCUCUGGACUUUUCGGCAUUCCUCAAAAAAGCCUGUUCAGGGGAGGACGAUGACAGAAGAGGAUGGAACCACCUCGGGGCACGAACCAAACCCAGGCAGCCCCAUCCCAUACUUCCUCGAAGUCCUCCUCAAACUCCGGUCACUCGCCGUCUCCUUACGCGGAGUUUCCGACGUCACCGCUGGUCCAAAACACCUCGCCGCGACUUUCCAAUCAGCACGACACACACCAAUAGAGAUCCCAUUGCCCUUAGAGGUCGAUCCAGCAUCGCUGAAGAAGAUCCGUCAUGAUUCCGGAGUGGACGCUCAGCUGACACUUCGGUACGCGGCACGGAUACCGGAGACGCCCAAGGAGCGUUUGAUGGACGUGGAACCUUUACGUGGGCUGUCACAGGUUGAAUGCCAUCAAUGUCACAAUCCUCUCUUACUGCCGGGAUCAGGGGAAUCAAACGAUAGCAGCGCAUCGGGUCCCCGAUUCAGCAGGGCGGUGGAGAUGCCCUCCGAGUACUGGCACGAACUGACGGACUGCUGGGCAUGCCACAAGGAGGAUUAUUCACAAAUGCCAGGGCAGAAAGGCGGGGUCGUGUUGGCGGUCAAGGGCACGCUCCUGGUCGCCAAAAGCUACGUUGUGCUGCACCCGGAUGAUGUGGAUCUGACGACGGCUGUGAGGGUGGAAAUCGGUGAACGGGAAAAGGGCAUCCUCCGCGUCGGCCGCACCGCCCCAGCCUACUGCACCCACUGCAGCCACGACAUCGGCGAAGUGCAACUCGACCAAAUCCCCGACGCCGGGACCGACAUCCGGCCCUACAUCCACGGCGUCAAGUUGUACAAGUAUUGGACGGAUCUUGUCGUUCCUUCACCGGCUUUGAAGGACGUGGUGGGGAAGAGGGGGAGUGAAGGGGAGCAGAGGAUCCAUGCCCAUUUUGCGACGUAUUUCGUGGAAGAAGUUUUGGAAUCGACGGGUGCACAUGCGGCGUUUCGGUUUGCGGUUUAUGAGAAGGGCGGGGAGCGGCCGAGGAUACUGCUAUGGGUCCUCAAUCCGGACGUCCUGAUCACCACCACCAUCCAUCCUUCCACGGACGACAUCACAUCCGUACUCGCCGCUGCGUCCCAGGAAACAAUCGAAGCCGCAUCGGCAGUCAUCGUGGAGCGGUUGGCGAGGGAGCCGCGGGGCUUUGUUCCUGCGCUGAAAGUGAUGUACAUGGACUGUCGGGCCGAAACCGCGGCAAUCACCAGCACAAUGACCCAAUGGGCGUCCGACCCGCAAGUCGAACCUAUCACCCUUCACGCAACGCUCUGCGAGGAAGUCCUGGCGUCUUUGAAGUUGAGUUCGGGGUAUGGCGGUGGGAAGAAGAUGGGGGGGUUUGAGGUCGGGUUUCUGUGUCGGGGAUAGGGUCUGUAGUGCCGAGGGUAGGGUUUUUGGUGAUACCCAGCGUGGGUGCGGUGUUUGGGAUUGGUUACGCAGCGUACGUAGCUUUGCCCCAUAUAGGCGUAUAGUGCA